AUGUAGCUGCUUAAAAUUGCAAUAAUUUAUUAAGAUUAAAUAGAAAUAAGCUAAAUUCAAUCAUAUUUAAUGAUUAUUAGUAAUUGCAAAAGAAAUACAAGAAUACUUUUCUUAACUAAAUUAAUUGCUAUUACAUACAAAUUAGACUUCUUAUUGAUCAAAUUUUUAUAUUUGCAAAUUUCAUUCAUUAGUAAAAAAGAGUUAAAUAUUAAAAAAUAAAUAAUGGAAAACAGAGCACAUCAAAGAGCAUACCCUUAGCAAGUUAUAGAAGAAUAUUCUCCAUCUAUCCCAAAAGAAUUUCCAAAAGAUAAAAUACCAAAAAAUCUUUGUGAAAAAGAAUUAGUUAAGAUGAUUAGAUGUGAAAGAAUAUUCUAAACUAAUUAUUCAUGCGUUGAAGACUAUGAAGCCUUUGUUCAAUGUAAAAAGCAAAGAGAUUUGGAACUUUUCAAGUCAAUUAAAGAAUGGGAAAUAGAUCAUUUUAAAAAAUUAUAGCCUAAAUUAAGAAAGUUAUACUUCCAAGGUCUAACUUUCAAGAAAGAUAGAUUAAAGUAGGACUACGAAAGAAUACCUUCAAGUUUUAGCUAUUAAAAUAGAUAAUGGAGAUUUAUGUCUGAUAUAGAAUAAAUUGAAUGGAGACUUGGCUACUUAUUACCAAUUAGAGAUUAAUAAUGA